UGCCUAUAUAAAGGGCUUUAGUUGAAGGUAUUCUCAAACUUAUAACCAUAAAAGGAAAUUAACAUGAUGAAAAACAUUAUUAGAUUGUUUCUUGUUUCCAUUUUGGUGGUAGGAUGCAUGGGCGCCGGUGGUCGUGGUAAUGGUGGAGGGUUAAAGAUGAACUUUUAUGGGAAACUUUGCCGUUUGGACCGUUUGGUUACAGUCGAAAGUACGGUGAGGCAGAUUGUAUGGAGCAAAGUUUCUGCAGAUCCUUCCAUGGCUGCCAAGCUUCUAAGGCUUCAUUACCAUGAUUGCUUUGUUAGAGGGUGUGAUGCUUCGAUUCUAUUGGACCCUACACAAAACACGACAACUGAAAAAACAGCAGGACCAAACAGAUCCAUUUCUGGGUACGAGGUUAUUGAUGAAAUAAAGACAAAGUUGGAAGCCAAAUGUCCUGGGAUUGUUUCCUGCGCCGACAUUGUUGCCUUGGCUGCUAGAGACGCCGUUUCCUUUCAAUUUCAAAAGGAAAUGUGGCCGGUUUUCACCGGAAGGAAAGAUGGAACAGUCUCAUUGGCGUCGGAAGUUGGUGGCAAUUUACCAUCUGCAGGCGCCAAUUUCACAACACUCCUGACCCAAUUUGGAACCAAAGGCCUUAACCUUAAUGAUCUUGUGGCACUUUCAGGUGCACAUACUAUUGGGAUCUCUCAUUGCACCCUCGUUGCAAGAAGGCUUUACAACUUUACAGGUGUAGGAGAUGCUGAUCCUUCUCUUGACGUGAGUUAUGCACAAACACUUAGAGGACUGUGCCCCAACCCUCAGAACCCAGCCACAGCUCUUGAAAUGGAUCCUAAAAGCUCUCUCACCUUUGACUCUGAUUACUAUCGGGCUUUAAAUCAACAUAAAGGUCUAUUUGUAUCAGAUGCAGCUUUACUUACAAACAGACAAUCGGCUCGUAUGGUUAACCUUCUACAAAAUCGUGGGCUUUUCUUUGCCCAAUUUGCUAAGUCCAUGGUGCGAAUGGGUGGUGUUGGAGUCCUUACAAAUGGUCAAGGAGAGAUCAGGAAAAGUUGCCGAGUCGUUAAUGGUCAAUAAUGAAUAUCGAUAUUAAUUGUGUUGGUUUGUUUGUAUGAAGUUUCUUGCAACGAGAGGAAAUAAUGUGUCACAAGGUUUGAAAUUUGACUGCAAUCAAAUGAAUUAUUAAGUCUGUUUAAUUGUUUUGACAUGUACGGAUGUACCCUAUCUUAGCUGUGUUUAAUUUCGUCCCAGUUUGACGAAUCUGGUGUACUAGCUAG